CCGUAGGUACUUUCCCCCGACCUGUCGGCCGCUCUGGCCUACCGGUCCGCCCCCGCCUUGUUUCCUUCACAGCCAUGCAGCCCUACAUGGUAAACAUCAAGCUGUCGGCCCGGACCCUCACCGGGGCGCUCAACCCGCAGAACCGAGGGGCGGCGGACUGGGGCUGGCAAGGGUUGAUUGCAUAUGGAUGUCAUUCUCUCGUUCUGGUUAUUGAUUCCAAGACUGCCCAGACCCUACAGGUUUUGGAAAGGCACAAAGCUAACGUUGUCAAGGUUAAAUGGGCUAAGGAAAACUACCAUCACAAUAUUGGAUCACCUUAUUCUUUGCGCUUGGCUUCUGCUGAUGCCACUGGAAAGAUCAUUGUUUGGGAUGUUGCUACAGGAGCUGCUCGCUGUGAAAUACAAGAGCACACAAAGCCCAUUCAAGACAUGCAGUGGCUGUGGAACCAGGAUGCCUCUCGAGAUCUUCUCCUUGCAGUUCACCCGCCAAAUUACAUAGUGUUAUGGAAUGCAGAUACUGGCACAAAACUCUGGAAGAAAAGUUAUGCAGAAAACAUCCUUUCUUUUUCGUUUGAUCCCUUUGAUCCUUCAAAUUUGACAUUGCUUACAAGUGAGGGAAUAGUGUUCAUUUCGGACUUCUCUCCUUCCAAGGCUCCUGUCAGUUCAGGGAAAAAGGUUUACAUUUCCAGCCCUCGUUCUAGUCCUGUUCAUAACAAGCUGGUAUCCGCUGCAGGGGCUAAAAAGGCCCUGGACAAAGUAAAAAUUCUCAUCACUAAUGAAAAACCAAGUGCUGAAUCAGUAACACUGAAUGACUGCCUUCAGCUAUCCUACCUGCCUUCCAAGCGAAACUACAUGUUGUUACUCUACCCAAGAGAAAUCUUGAUUCUUGACCUUGAAGUAAACCAGACAGUAGGUGUGAUAGCAAUCGAAAGAACAGGAGUGCCUUUCCUCCAGGUAAUCCCAUGUUUUCAGCGUGAUGGGUUGUUCUGCCUGCAUGAAAAUGGCUGUAUAACUUUGAGAGUUCGCAGAUCUGUUGGUUGUAUAAACAGUACAUUAAAUGAAGAUCCAGAACCUGACCCCAUUCAGGAGCUGGUCUAUGACUUACGAAGUCAGUGUGAUGCCAUCAGAGUUACCAAGACCGUUCGCCCCUUCACUAUGGUGUGCUGUCCUGUGAAUGAAAAUUCUGCAGCUCUCAUAGUCAGUGAUGGUAGAGUAAUGAUAUGGGAGCUGAAGUCCACCAUUUCAGGCCGAAGUCAACGGACUAGUAAUUCAACUGCAUCACCUUUGUACUCGCCGGUCUCAUUCUGUGGAAUACCUGUUGGGGCAUCUCAGAAUAAACUUCCGGACCUGUCACUGGAUAAUAUGAUAGGGCAAGGCACACUUUCUACCGAAGAGCAACAAAAAAGUUACUGUUUGCAAGAAGUACAUUUAAAGUUCCUGCUAACAGGGCUUCUUUCAGGACUCCCUUUGCCUCCGUUUGCUAUCCGCAUGUGCCCACCUCUUACCACAAAAAACUUAAAACAGUAUCAGCCUCUCCUUGCUGUCGGAACAAGCAAUGGCUCGGUCCUGGUGUAUAACCUUACCAGUGGGCUCCUACACAAAGAGUUAAGCAUUCAUUCCUGUGAAGUCAAGGGCAUUGAGUGGACAAGCUUGAGCGGCUUCCUUUCCUUUGCCACAUCGACUCCUAAUAAUCUGGGGCAGGUGAGAAACGAGCUGCAGUUGGUUGAUCUUCCCACAGGUAGAAGCAUUACAUUUCGUGGCGAACGAGGCAGUGAUGAACCAGCCAUUGAAAUGAUAAAGGUGUCUCACUUGAAACAGUAUUUGGCAGUAGUAUUUAAAGACAAACCUCUGGAAUUAUGGGAUAUCAGGACUUGUACUCUUCUCAGAGAAAUGUCAAAGAACUUCCCUACAAUUACUGCUUUGGAAUGGUCACCUUCUCACAACUUGAAGAGCUUAAGAAAAAAGCAGCUUGCAGCCCGCGAAGCUAUGGCCCGGCAAACAGUGGUAUCAGAUACAGAACAGAGCAGUUUGGAGUCAUCUGUGAUCAGUUUAUUGCAGGAAGCUGAGAGUAAAUCGGAGCUGAGCCAGAACAUUUCUGCUCGGGAACACUUUGUGUUUACAGAUACUGAUGGACAAGUUUAUCACUUGACAGUAGAAGGGAAUACUGUCAAAGACAGUGCAAGAAUUCCUCCUGAUGGAAGCAUGGGCAGCAUAACAUGCAUCGCGUGGAAAGGAGAUAUCUUGGUCCUGGGAGAUGUUGAUGGAAAUUUGAACUUUUGGGACUUAAAAGCCAGAGUAUCGAGGGGCAUCCCCACACACCGAGGCUGGGUGAGGAAGAUACGCUUCGCCCCUGGAAAAGGAAACCAAAAGCUAAUAGCAAUGUAUAAUGAUGGAGCUGAAGUUUGGGACACAAAGGAGGUACAGAUGGUGAACAGCUUAAGAACUGGAAGAAAUGUCUAUUUUAGAGUACUUGAUGUUGACUGGUGUACCUCUGAUAAAGUGAUCUUGGCAUCAGAUGAUGGCUGCAUCAGAGUGCUAGAGAUGACAAUGAAAUCAGCAUGUUUUAGAAUGGAUGAGCAAGAGUUAACAGAACCUGUGUGGUGCCCAUAUCUACUUGUUCCGAGAGCUUCCUUAGCACUGAAAGCAUUUUUGCUACACCAACCAUGGAACAAUAAAUACUCUCUCGAUAUUUCACAUAUAAAUUAUCCAGAGAAUGAAAAUGUUAAAAAUCUGCUACAGGAACAGUUGCACUCACUGUCAAAUGACAUCAAGAAACUUUUGCUUGAUCCAGAGUUCACCCUCUUGCAACGAUGUCUAUUGGUUUCAAGGCUGUAUGGAGAUGAAUCUGAACUGCAUUUCUGGACUGCUGCUGCCCAUUAUUUGCAUACUUUUUCCCGGAGGAAACCAUUAACUGUAAAAGCAGAAGACACACUGAUUCCUCAAGGAAAAUGGAUCAGUCCACUAGAUAUAUGUUAUGAUAUACUGUGUGAAAACUCCUAUUUCCAGAAAUUCCAGCUUGAAAGGGUCAAUCUCCAAGAAGUUAAGCGAUCAAAUUACGACCACACCAAAAAGUGCACUGACCAGCUGCUGCUUUUGGGCCAGACUGAUAGAGCUGUGCAGUUGCUUUUGGAGACAAGUGCUGAGAAUCCCUAUUACUACUGUGAUUCCUUAAAGGCAUGUCUGGUCACAACAGUCACUUCCUCAGGUCCUUCCCAAAGUACCAUUAAAUUGGUAGCGACCAACAUGAUUGCAAAUGGAAAGCUAGCAGAGGGGGUCCAGUUACUGUGCUUAAUAGAUAAAGCUGCUGAUGCCUGUCGUUACCUGCAGACCUACGGUGAAUGGAAUCGAGCAGCAUGGCUUGCAAAAGUUCGUCUGAAUCCAGAGGAGUGUGCUGAUGUAUUCAAGCGUUGGGUUGAUCACCUUUGUUCUCCGCAAAUCAAUCAGAAAUCCAAGGCCAUCCUUGUCCUCCUUUCCCUGGGUUGCUUCAUGAGAGUUGCAGAGAUGUUGCACAGCAUGAGGUAUUUUGACAGGGCAGCCUUGUUUGUUGAAGCUUGUCUCAACUAUGGCACAAUUGAAGUCAACGAAGAUGCAAAAAAACUCAUCCAUGCAAUAUUUGCAGACUAUGCCAGAAGCCUGAAGACUCUGGGGUUUAAACAGGCUGCUACUUUAUUUGCCUCAAAAGCGGGACCAGCUGGUAAAGAUCUAUUGAAUGAACUUGAACAGCUGAAAGAAGAAGAAUGACAGCUCUUAAGCGAACCACUAAAAACUGAGAUUUCCCAUCGGAUGUAGUCAUCAGUGAAGUAACUCUUUUAAAAGACAAUGAAGGGGACUUCUUUAUGGUGAAAAAUACAGUUUGGUCACAGUAGAAAUUGGAAAUGCUGAAUGUCAUGUGUGGGCAGACUUUUCUCCUAAUUUGUAGAGAUAAUGAGUUAAAGGAAAAUGUCUGCAUUUCUCUUAAACAAAAUUUAAGUGCUCUUAAGAGCUUUUAGCUACUUAAGGUAAAGAAAUGAUUCAUCUUCUGGUGUCUUUGAAUGAAAAGUACACAGCCAGGAGCAGUCCAACAUUUUGCAACCCCCAAGCACCCAUAUCACAUGAUCUGACAUUUCCAACAGAAUCUCUUGCAAUGAUGCAGAUGAUAUUGGGACUCAGUCCUGCACUGUAGCAUCCUCUAUGGCUUUGUGAAAGGGAACAUACAUUUCAGUUUGUACGCUGCUUCACUCCUGCUAAAUAUAUCACUGCUCCAAGCAACAUCUAAGCAGCUUGCUCACUUGAUACUGGAGAUGACCUGGUAUUUCAUCUCAAAGUGAGCAUCUUCAAAAAGGGGGAGACUCUUUCACCCAAAAGCUAAGCACCCGGGAGCUAUGCAAUUCCCAGAGCUUGUCUGACCAUUCUUCCUUACCAGUUGAGGAAAAGCUUGGAUAGGAUUCCCUUUUAAAGCAUGAUCUCUGUGUAUGUCUUCCUUCACCCCCUCCCCAAGCCCACAUGACUAGUAAGCCCUGCUGUGGGCUUGCUUGCAGCCACUUGGAUGAGAAAAUGUGUAAUGGGAUCCUGCCUGAGCGUUAGCACCUUGUUGGGAUGCUUCCCAAGCAUUGCCAGACAAGCUCUGGAAUUUCCAAAGUUCUUGCUGUGAAGGAGUUUGGAGGCCUUCAGAGCCAGCAUUUGAUACGCUUCCUACUCGUGUCAAGGAGCCAGGCAAGAUACAUAAAUGAAAUUUCACGUGGACUUGAAUAAAAAACAUGAACCCUGCUGGAUCAGACCAAAGACCUACCAUCUAGCCCAGCAUUCUGUUUUCCACAGUGGUCAACCAGAUGCCUAUGGGAAGCCCACAAGCAGGGCAUGAGUGGAAAAGUCCAUUUCAUGGUGGAUGUUUAUGCAGAAGUCUGAUUCUGGAGGUUGUAAAUGGUUAUCGUGACUCCUGGUCAUGGUAGCUUUACCCACCUUUUGUCUGAUCCUCCUUUAAAGCUGCUCAUUUUACAAACGAAACUGAAAAUGAGAGUAUGCCCUCAUGUACCUUUUACUGAGCUCUCUUGGCUAUUUUAAAUGAACCUAUAACCCUAACCUAUUUUAAAUGAAACCAAGGUUAAACUUCUGCCAGUUGCAUAAUAUAGUUUUCUGUUUGGAACUGGGACGGGGGCCCAUUUUCAGAGCCACAUUUCCCUGUGGGGACAGCCUUGUGGGGCCUGCGUGCCAGUGGUUGGUGGGGCCCAACGCCAUAGUAGGUGGAGCAACAGAUAAAAUUCUCACCUUCUGUAGUGCAGUCUACAUUGCAGCCGUGUGAAAGCCCCACUCAAACUAUUCUGUCCUUGAUCCUACAUUUAGGCAAGCAAGAAACAUUAUCAAAGUUCAAGGGCUCUUUUUUCAAAGUUUUUUUUAUACAGUCAAACUGUAUAAAUUUUAUUAAAUAAAUUCCCACCAGACAAAUCCACCCAAGGUAGCAGGCCAGUGAGGGCCUUGGCCUAAGGAAAGCUCUUAGGGCCAGAGAGGCUUAGAGGGACAUAUUCGUCCUACAGCUUGUAGGUUCUCUCUCCCUGGUUUAGGAAGAAAAGCACAGUUCUAUUAUUCUAAUUCUUUAUUUUUCCUUUUGUAUUUUUGGCAUUAUCUGUGUGUUUAAUUGCACGCUCAAAUACAUUCUGAUCACGGCCUGGUCUCUUUGUGUCAAGGCUGCCAUCCCAUUCUGUAUACAUUAAAGCUUUAUUAAUGAAAAAUAA